AUGGAAGAAGCCGCCAGCCUUUUCCCCGAGCAGGAGCUUUUGGACACUGCAGCCCUUUUGGAAGAUGAAAGAAACAAAUUAGAGGAUCCAGAGUCUGAGGCUGAGGCUCUUUCUCAGGCUGCCCCUGGAUGCUGCCGUUCAGUGAAAGAACAGGCCACCGGUGCCGGCCACACGAAGAGGGAGGCAGCCGCUGGAGACAGAGCACGGCCGUCCCACCUGCGGGAGAGCCUGGGCUUCCUGGAUAAGAUGCGCGAAGACAAAGAGCUUUUCAUCCAGAAGAUGAGAGGGGAGCUGCGCUCUUGCCGCCAGAGGAUGGACCUCAUCCGCAGACAGCAGGAGCACGUGGCGGCCGAGAUCGCAGUGGAGAGAGAGGCCAGCAACACGGCAGCCGUGGGCCGUCUGCAGGCCACAUCCAGACGCCUGAUCAUGGAGCUGGGGAACGAGAAAGACCUGCAGUCGAAAGUCACGGCCAUGCUGAAGGAGAGCGAGUAA